UAGUAUUAUAGGGGAACUCUGAGUGGAUAAGCCCACUUAAACAUGCAGGAUCCUAGUGGGGACAAAGUUUGUAGAGCAGGUGGUGAAGAAGAAGGGGAGGAUGGACAGCACACAUCCAGAGUCCAUGGUACUGAAGCAGGCCCACAUCAUACUGAAGCAAGCUCACAUCGUACUGAAGGAAGCUCGCAUCUUACUGAAACAAGCUCAAGUCCUUCUGAAGCAGAGAAUGGCCAUGAUAACUCUCCACAUGUGAAUCGUGCACAAGAUGUUGGUAGCCAGGCUGUUCCCCAAGGUAGUCUCAAUUCAAGGGGCCCUGUAGAGGCAAGAGUGGUGGUCGAAGAGGCAGCCAUAGCUCCUCAGGGUGAGCAGGCACCAAUUAUUCCGGGACCUAGUGGAGAUGCUGCAACAACAACUGGAAGUCGACUCUUGGAAUUUUCCGUAACAGUGCCGUUCCGGACUGCUGUGGAGGCAAACAUUGCAUGCAGAACCCUGGCCUCAAAUAUCCAGCAGCAGCAAAUGAUGGUUCAGCAGGAGUUCACUGUGAAUGACACUAUUCUCACUGUUAGGUGGACCACUGAAGAUCCUGUUCUCUUCCGAACAUCCAUCAAUGCCUUUCUUGACCAACUUUCCCUUGUGGUGAGGACCAUCCCACGUCCAGUGUUUAUGGCUGUCUUCAAACAAGGAAGAGGAAGAAAUAAUUAACUCUAGUAUGUUACCACCCACAACACAAGAAACUGUCCCUUUGCCUCCAUAUUCACUGUUUUGAUUCUAUCACACUGUUUUUAUCAGUCAGUGUUACUGGAGGAGUGAAUAUUGAAAAUCAGAUAAUGAAAACA